AUGUUAUCAAUAGGAGUAUCUACGUCUUGUUUCUUUGCAAAGCAAAAACGUGGAAAAUUUCUUUUUUCUUUUUUCAUUUUCUCGGGAAAAAAGGAAGGAAAAAGAAAGAAAGAUGAUGAGAAGGCAGCAAGAUCAGCAGUCCGGGGUAUUAUACGAGCUCUCGUCUCUAGUUCUCAACAUCCUUCGAUUGCCUCCGUCUCCGAUCCCGUUCUCCUAUCACUCUCUACCUGCGCCGGCGCUGCCGCCGUCGUCGAGGCGUUCGUCGUAGCAGAUCUCGCCGGCGGGAUUCGCUUCGCUGCUGCUAGGGAUUUCGUUGGCGCUGAUGAUGUGUGGAUCGGUGACUUUCUUCAUCGGAUUCAUACUGAUGCCGUCGGUUCUUGGAUUGGUGACGGUGUUCUACGUGGCCGGAAUCUUUUCGAGUCUCUCCAUGUUGGGACGCUUGCUUCUUUGUUACGCCACGGCAGCGGAAGGAAAUUCCCGUUUUUCCCAAUGUCAAACAUCACAAAGCUUGAAUUUGCUACUCUUGAUAUUUCGGCUAGUGGAGAUGAUUGAGUAUUAAAGUUUUAAGGAAAGCGGAGGUUAGGGUGACGAGAAGUUAGCUACAGGUUUGACAUCCGAGAGGUAUGAUAUUCUUCUCAUAUCCUUGUUAGCCUGUUUUAAAGUGUUUCGGCCAAAUAAUGUUUUCAAAAGAUAAGGAUAUGUUGAUAAAGAAAAGUACUUUGAAGACAAUAGCUUGAUUUAAACUAUUGAUCUCAUAAUGGACUGAUUUUAAGGUUUUAAUGAACAUUUUCUUAAGAUAAGAUACAUUGCGAACUGGUAAGCCCGCUGAUGGCCUAGAUAAGAUAUGAAGAUUAUAUCCUUAGGGACAGAACUCGAAACCUGGACGGGCCACUACGGUGGUGUUAAGGCCUUACUUUGGUCGUAAGUAAUUUAAUUACUUAAAUUACUUGCUGGUUGCCUGUAAUCUGGAAUUUCAGAAAAAAGGUUGUUUGGUUCCGAUUGAUUAUUCCGGGCCUGAUAAUCUCAUUUUAUUUAUUUACUUAUUUAUUCAGUUUUAUAAAUCUUAUCAUACUGGGCAUUUCGUUCAUUUUUUCUAUGUUUCAAAAUAUAUUUAACUCCACCCAGGCGACACUAGAAGUAGUGCAGAAUAGGUGAGGAAUUCAGUUAUAGAAGAAAGGAAGUGGUGAAGCAUUUUCCAACUUACUCGGACUCAUUAAGGCAUGUAUUAACUAUGGAUAGUUUUGUUGAAAUUUGUUGCAUGAAAAGAUGUAAGCUAGCUACUUGUAUUGGAGGAAGUUGCAGAUGGCUUCAUCCUUGGCCUAGAAAUAGCCUUUUGCUUCUUCUGACUAUAACAAACUAGAAAGCCGAGAGAGAGAAAACUGACAGAAGUGUUC